AUGUUAGACUCGGGAUCUUCCGUUUCUGUAUUUCAAAAAGAUUUGCUUUCAAAGAUAUCAAAAUUUGUGAAGAUACGGCCUAUUUUACAACGGCGACUUUUGACAGCUUCUGGAGAUGAGAUUCCUAUUCGAGACUAUGUUUUUGUUGUGGUGCAGCCGGACAAAGAGAGAAUAAGCCACGACUUUGUGGUUGUUGAUAAGCUCAUUGUUCCAAUGAUUGUUGGUGUUGACUUUUUGUGGGGAAAUGUUUUAACUCUUGACUUCUCAUCAACACCUCUCAAGAUCAAAGAUAUGUUAGCACACGGCAUCAUAGAAGAAAGCAUUAGUUCAUGGAUGGCAGCAGCAGUAUUUGUGAAAAAGAAAUCAGUGUUGGGUGGGGAGCUGGAUCUGGGAGGAGAAGACCCAAGGCACUAUAUGGGAAACAUCACGUAUACGAACAUUACAAAAGAGGGAUAUUGGCAGUUUACACUGACAAGAUCCAUAGGAAUGAUGGUUGUCUCAGUUUGCUGUCCAGCACAACAUUUCUCUAGGAUUGCUGUUGGUGGAAAAGGAGAAUUCUGUGGUAGCAACUGCCAAUCUAUUGCUGACACUGGGACGUCUCUUAUUGUUGGUCCGACCACAGAUCAUCAUUUUGCAACAAUAAAAUCAAAGGAUGCUACUCUGUGUCUAAGUGGAUUCCAAGGAAUGGAUCUUCCAGCAGGAGAACUGUGGAUUUUGGGUGAUGUCUUCAUUAGCCAGUACUACACCAUACUUGAUCUUGACAACAAGAGAGUCGGAUUUGCCGAUUCAAAGUGAACUGUAGAUGUAAUGAGUAGAAAUUUGUGCAUCCAGAUUAAUGUCUUAGUGGGAGUGAGUGGAUGCGGUGUGCUAUUUGUUGGGUACGUAUCUCAGUGAGGUUGUCAUGUUCAAUACAUGGAUGUAUAUUACAAAUAAUCAGAAACAGAAUUGUGUAUCAUUCA